CCAAAUACAAUGCUCUUGGUUUUAGAGAUGUUCAGGACCAGAUUAUUACUGGCCAUCCAUUCCAAAACAGACUGCCAAUGAAAGAGUUGUAAGCAUCAGGGUCUCCAAAUGAUUCAUGCUAGUAUAAUCCUUAUUUCCUCUUUCUCUCAAAAACGUGAGGUCAACACUGUGCUCUCUGACAUCAUCAAGCACAUUAUGCCGGAUCAUGCCUUUGAGGAUGCCUAUGCUCAGUUCCAGUCCGUGAUAAGGAAGACCCUCACCUACUUUCAUGACUUCUCUAUCCUCUUCUCCAUGGAGCGUUUCCUUCCCUUCGUGGACAUGUUCCAGAAGGACAGCGUCAGGGUGAAGGUGUGUCUCUCCAUCAUGGAYGUCUUCAUCAAUGCGCUGACUCUGGAGGAUGAGAAGAGAUCUCUGGCCUUACUGAUCAAUGGCUUCAUACGCAUGGCUGUGAACCAGCUGGCCAUGGAGACAAGCUGUGUGAUGAGGGGGAGCCACUCCCAUAAGACUGCUGCUUUAGUCAGGAGUGUUCCUAGACAGGGUAGUCUAGCCUUCUCUCUGUUUGGCUGCCUCUUGGCUCAUGGGGAGCUAUGUAACAACAAACUCAACCUGUGGAAUCUGAGCCACACACGCACCUCCGUGAGUAAAACACAGGCAGUUUUAGGUGCAAGAACAAAACUUGGAGAGAUAUUCACUAUCUCUACAUACACAACACAGAAUAUGGUUUAUUUCUUAGUCGCCCUCUUUUUCUUGACAGGUGAGGACACUAGAAUUCAUCAAGCGCCAGGUCCAGCAGCCAGACAUGGUUCAACACCUCACCCUGCAGUCUAGGACCCGAGGCCAUCAACUACAUCCCCUGUCCCAUACAUCUACAGUGCCUUAAGAAUGUAUUCCCACCCCUUGACUUUAACAUUUUGUGA